GCGACUCGGGAAAACGAAAACAGCCAAACAUCAAUGUUUCGUACCAACAAAAAAACAUUUGAGGUCAAUAAAUGCAGUGUUCAAACGACGGAAUAUAUCAGAAAAAUGCACACAUACACUUGAAGAGAUUCUCAAUGUUUCCGAUCGCCAAAUAGGACUUUUGUUCUCGAGGUUCUGCUGCUGCACGACAGUAUGAGCUCAAGGCUGUGCAAGACCUGCGGGGGGGUCGACAUCGAUGUGGACCAGGCUCGGGGCAGCGCAGUGUGCACCAGCUGUGGUUCGGUUCUAGAGGACAACAUCAUAGUCUCAGAGGUCCAGUUUGUAGAGGGAAGUGGAGGCGUGUCCUCUGCUGUGGGACAGUUUGUGUCUACUGAUGGUCCUGUAAAAACUCCUCUGCUUGGUUCUGGUUUUCACACCAGUGUAGGUAAAGAGUCGAGAGCACAGACACUGCAAAGUGGGAGACGUCAGAUCCAUCACUUAGGCAACCAGCUGCAGCUCAACCAGCACUGUCUGGACACAGCAUUCAAUUUCUUCAAGAUGGUUGUCAGCAGACACUUGACACGUGGACGUAAAACGGAACACAUCAUCGCUGCCUGUCUCUACCUGGUGUGUCGCACUGAAGGAACACCACACAUGUUGCUGGACCUGAGUGACCUGCUGCAGGUGAAUGUCUACAUCCUGGGAAAAACGUAUUUGCUAUUGGCUCGUGAACUCUGCAUCAAUGCUCCUGCCAUUGAUCCAUGUCUGCUAAUUCCUCGCUUCGCUCACAUGUUGGAGUUCGGGGCAAAGACUCAUGAUGUUUCCAUGACUGCUCUUCGUCUGGUUCAAAGGAUGAAGAGAGACUGGAUGCACACGGGACGCCGUCCAUCUGGACUCUGUGGUGCCGCGCUACUCGUGGCGGCCCGCAUGCACAAGUUCCGUCGUACAGUGAAGGACAUAAUCGGGGUGGUGAAAGUUUGUCAGGCCACUCUGCGGAAGAGGUUAACAGAGUUUGAGGACACGCCCACCAGUCAGCUGACCAUUGAUGAGUUCAUGAAGGUGGAUCUCGAGCAGGAAUGUGACCCCCCCUCUUUUACCGCCUCCCUGUACAAGACCAAGAUGCAGCAGCUGCAGCAAGAGCUGACCAAGAAGCUGGAUGAGGUCCAAGGAGAGAUCAGCUGUUUCCAAGACCAGAUUGAAAGCCAGCUGGAGAAAUGCCAACCUAAACUAAAAGGAGUUUAUGCCGCCUACGUUAACAAAACAGACCUUCAAGAGGAAAUGACAAAUGACCUGAAGGAGUUGGAGGUUGAAGAUUGUGACUUCCAAACUGCCACCCAGCACCUUACGCAGGACUUCCUGUGCCAGGUGAUGCAAGACGAGGACAGGCUGUGCAAAAACGACCAGGACUUUGGUAAUCCCAGGCCGGGCACCGAAGACGGGCAAGCUCGGCAGCAGACCGCUUCUGUUAGCAUCAUCCUAGAAAGUGCUGCCGCUUUGGACCUCCAGCAAACAUUCCAGGUCUUUAACAAGUCCCAAAUAGAAGUCACAACAUCAGUGGAGGAGAAUUCGGAGAGUGGAGAUUUGGAUCUGGACGGUAUUGAUGAACAGGAAAUGGAUAAGUACAUCCUGAGUGACAAUGAGGUCCAAGUGAAGACCCAACUGUGGAUGCAGCAGAACCAAGAAUACCUGCAAGAGCAGAAAGAGAAAGAAGAAAGAAUUAAAAAAGAGAAAGAGCAGGGGACGUACAAAGAAAAGCCCAACAGGUGCAAGAAGAAGAAGGAAAGCCUCCAGUCGUCCACAGCAGGCGAGGCCAUCAAGAAGAUGCUGGAGAAGAAGAAAAUCUCUACUAAGAUCAACUAUGAUGUCCUCAAAGACCUCAACAGUGGGGAGACAGGAAGUGGAGGGGACAGCAGCCCUGAAACGACCACCCCCAAACCUCUCGCAAGACCUGCACGAAAAAGACUCGGCCGCCGCAAGAAGACGGGUAAUAACACUGUUGUGGACCUGGCCGCUACUGCUACUAUGAUGGGGAAGCGGCUGGGUCCCCUCUUCUGUGGGCCCCCUAAAAAAAAAAACAUGUCGCAGGUGGAAGAGGCUGUUUCCAUGACAACAGCUUUGACAACUCUCAAACCAGAGUCCGACUGCACUCCUAUCCUAGACAAGGGCGACAACGAGGAGUGUGUCAGCGCCCUGCAGCUUGUUGGACGUCAGUAUUUUGGCUGCGAAGACCAUGAAGACCACGAAGAUGAUGAGCACCUUUUUUAAUUGUUUAAAAUUAUUUAAUACUUCAAAAUAUGAAAAUGCAAGAGUCAAAGAUUCUUUAUUGUCAAAUUUUUUAUAUAUAAAAGACUUAAGGA